AUGGCUCUGCUUUCCAACAUCAAGCUGUUUCAUCGCAACAAUGUCGCGACUCUACGCGACUCGCCGCUCGCUGAGAUAUCGGGCGCGUUAGGCGAUUUAGGUACCCUCCUACCUUUAAUGAUCACCCUCGCGGUCAAUGGCUCCAUCUCACUAUCUACUACGCUCGUGUUUUCCGGCUUCUUUAACCUCGUAACCGGCGUAGUAUUCGGUAUCCCCUUACCUGUACAGCCCAUGAAAGCUAUCGCAGCAGCUGCCAUAGCCUCUCGCGCCUCGGAGCCCGAAACGGUAGCAGCAGGCAGCGUGGUAGCUAUCAUCGUAUUGUUCCUGAGCAUUACAGGUCUAUUGCACUGGGUCACGCGCUUAAUACCUAUCCCCGUAGUUAAGGGCAUCCAAUUUGGUGCCGGACUCUCUCUCGUCAUCUCGGCGGGUACCUCGUUGCUCCAGCCCUUCAUCCAUCAUUGGACUUUCGCUCUCGACAACCUGGUCUGGUCUAUAGCUGCCUUCUUACUACUAAUACUUACUCAGAGAGCGUCUUGGUUCCCAUACGCCCUGGUAAUCUUUGUGACGGGCUUGACCCUCGCUAUCAUAUCUGUCGUGAUGAGCUCUCGUUACCUACCGCAUUUCGAGGUUUGGCACCCGUGGUUUGCGCUCCCAUGGUGGAGUGCGGAUGCUAUCGGUAUGGGCGUCGCGCAGCUGCCGCUUACGACGUUGAAUUCGAUUAUUGCCGCCAGCGCUCUCGCAGCAGACCUGCUGCCCGAUCUACCGGGGCCUAGCGUCACUGCCCUCGGCAUCAGCGUCGCCAGUAUGAACCUCUUGGGGUGUUGGUUCGGCGCUAUGCCCGUCUGUCACGGGGCCGGGGGUCUUGCGGCUCAAUACAGGUUCGGCGCGCGGAGCGGUUCCAGUAUCAUUCUUCUAGGCUUGUUUAAAAUGAUACUCGGCGUCGUCUUCGGCGAGACGUUGCUAGAUCUCCUCAAGGAAUUUCCGAAAAGCCUUCUGGGUAUUAUGGUCGUCGCCGCCGGCCUGGAGUUGGCGAAGGUGGGCCAAAGCUUGAACCACGGCGCCUCGGAUCUAUGGGAGUCGUCAGUAGAUCAGGACCAACCGAGGAAGCAUAGGGAUAUCUCGGACCAGGAGAGGUCUGAGAGGUGGACUGUUAUGCUCAUGACUACGGCGGGGAUCCUGGCCUUUAAGAAUGAUGCCGUCGGCUUUGUCGCUGGGAUGUUUUGUUACUGGGCCUAUAAACUUGCGGAUUGGGUAGAGAAAAGGGGAGAUGGGCUGUCGAACGAAGGAGCUGUAUUCAAUUCAACAGCGAUGACUUCGUCCAUAGCUGCCGUGGCCCAUCCUGGUCACCAGCCAGUAGUACAUGGCUCUCCGCCGCCAAGCGUGCCGCCCGCAGCCGAUCCAGAUCCCGCACCUGCUGCCACUACCAAUACCAGUACCACUGCCGCCGAUGCGAAUGCGCCGACAUCUUUUUCUACUCAUCAAGAUACAUACCGCGAUGAAAAUCAAGAGAUCCAUUCAAUGCCCUCGCCUCCUACUGUCUCCCCCCUUUCUACUCCUGCCGCGACCCAAGUAAACAUUGGCGAUAACGAUGAUGUUCCCGAUAUCUCUACUGGGUCUCUACCAGCUACGAAUGGCGCCUCCGAACCCUCCUCGGCCGUUCAUCUAGCCUCUGCCAACCUAGGCAUGGCUACAGAAACCUUUCCUAUGAAAUUUGACCGAACUCGAAUACCGGAUAAUGCUCGACGAUCGCGCAGCCAAGUGGAAGCCGUCGCGACUACCGACCCCGAACCUACAAGCAUGGACUACUCGUCUCGAAAUAUGUCAUCUAGUUUGCGACAUACUCAGGGCACGGUACAGCCUAACGCCUAUAUAAUGAACCUGUCCCAGGCGAGUUCUGCGCUGUUCCAGAACCAAGGUCCCUCUAUAGUAGCUCCUUCGGAGGUCUCUUUACAAGCCUCAUUACCUCCUCAGGAAAGUGAUGCUGUAACAACAAGCGGCGACCACAUGUCGACUAGUGCCAGCCAGAAACUGGAAUCCUUUGCUAGGAUAGAAUUUGCCGACAGUGUCUUUCAGAUGACCACCUACGCUGUCAUUAUUGGUCGCGACCAACGGGCUAUGGACCAAGCCAGGAGGGAUGAGAAGAGGGAAUUAAACUACAGGCGCAAAGUGGAAGAGAAUGCAAGAAAUGGGCUACCUCCCCCAGCACCCCUCCACUUCGACCGUGGGAAGUUUAGUAAAUCCUACGUGAGUGAGGAAGGUGGAAUGCUAGGUCCCGAGUCGGAUGGUGAGGAUAAUGUGCGGCCCGUGAAGAAGCGUCGCCCAAGUUCUGCGAAUAGGUCUCAUAACGGUGGUGGUGACGACGACGCUCAAAGUGACCAUGUCAAAUCCAAUAGGCAAUAUGUUUCCCAUACCCCCGGAGCCGCUGCCGUAGAUCUAGGCACCUUACAACCGUCACCCACUCACAUCCCCUUCGUGGGUAUUCAUUCUCCUGGGCCGGAUAUUGCAAGCAAGACUCGCGGUAUAUCGAGACAGCACCUUAAGAUUGAAUUUAAUGAAAAGAGAGGCGUAUUUGAAGCGAUUGCCCUACACAAGAACGGCUUUUUCUGUGAUGACACACAUUACGGUCUCGACGAUCCAGUUACCCUUAGAAGCGGAGACCGACUUCAAAUCAAAGAUGUCGAAUUUACCUUCAUCGUUAACGGUGUUCAACUAGGUAAGACUGGUGGCGAGGAGUAUCACGAGGAGGAGGUAUCGAGUAAACGCAUGUCGGUUGGGGGUAAAGAGAUGAGCUUCGACUUUGAGCAUUCAGAUCAUGAGAACUUCCGGGAUACGAGCGAAGAGUUAUCGGAGAUCGAGAAUGUACCGACGCCUGCGCUCGGGUCUGAUGGUGGUGGGGAAGGAGAAGACGAUGGCGAUGGCGAUGGCGAUGGCGAUGGUGAAGGUGAAGGUGAAGGUGAAGGUGAAGGUGAAGGUGAAGGUGAAAACGAAGGCGACGUUGAAGGCGAGGAAGGUGACGAUCAAGAAAUGACCGAACUACAAUCGGACGAAAUAGAUGAGUCGAAUAUUUCCAUGCUCAACUCCUCUGGGGUUCAGGAUAUGUCCCAGUCCCAGCUUAUGAAUCCUGAAAUGCCGAAGCGGCGUGGUCCAGGACGGCCGCCCAAGGAUGGGAUAAUGUCAAAGAGGGAACGACGACUGCUUAAGAAACAGAUGCAAGAAACUUCGAAGAAGACCAUUCCUCAAGACCCACAAAUACAAAAUGAGAAGAUCAAACGGCCAGUAGGUCGACCUAGGAAGAACCCUAUGCCCGAAGAUGGAGAGAAGCAAGAGAAGAGGAAGUACAACAAACGAAGGCCAAAGGAAGAAGGCGAAGAAGGCUCUGAUGUAGAGAGAAGGACGAGGGAAAAGAAGGAGAAGAAGGUCCGACCGAAGUCGCCACCUUUGGAGCUUCGAAAGGAGGACUUCACUGAAGAGCAAUUACAGAAGCCUACUAAGAAUUAUGGUGUCCUGAUUGAUGAGGCUCUCACAAAUGGACCUCCUGACGGUCUAACCUUGAAACAAAUCUACAAGAGGAUUAUGUCAAAAUAUCCGUGGUUCUACUUCUCUGCUGAAACGAAGGGAUGGGAAAGUAGUGUCCGGCAUAACUUGAUCGGAAACGAAGCUUUUAAGAAGGCUGAAGGAACUGGACUGUGGUCCCGUGUUCCCGGCGUUGAGCUUGAUGCUGGAAAGAAGCGCAAAGCAAGCUCUCCAGAUCGACAGCUUGGGUCAGCUCAUCUUCACUCGCAUUUAUCAACGCAGUAUUACCAAAACGGUUCCUACCUACCUGCGGGCAGCUACAACUACGGUCAUAACGUGUCACCUUAUACCAAUGAUACGAAGCACAUGCCAACAGGAUACCACCCUUCUACAAACCAACCUCAGCCCCUUUCAGCACAACCUUCUCAACCAAUCGUCCAACCAGUUUACUCGGCGCAGACUCCCGCGCCUGCGCAAUUACCUCCCGGGUAUCUCGCCAGACAAGCCAAUAACGCCCAACAAAGUACUUACAGCUCACCUUACGCGAAACCAGCCCCCCAAACUAAUAUUCUCAUCAAAUCAGAGGCACCUGCAGUGCAAAACUCUCAGGCGCUCCCACCUGCAGCUACAGUGCAACAACCAGUAUCGCAGCCCUCAUCGCAGCAUCAACAACCGCAACAGGUAUCAAGUACACCUGAGAGCACUGUUCGGUCACCACUAUCACCAGAAAUCGAGAGAGCCAUUGCUCAGUUUAGGGCAAACAUGUUGAAUGUGAUUUCGAAGCAGACACCUCAUGCUACUCAAAUCAUUGAUUCGUCCAUAAAUCGUGCGCGAGGAUUGCCGGUCCAAACAAGUGUACCUCAUGGGUUUGAAUCUGUCGAAAAGACGCUGUAUAAUGCGGUGCACAAUAUGAUUACCGAAAUGCAAGCGAAGCGACAGCAGCAGCAGCAGCAGCAGCAGCAGCAGCAGCCGUCGCAGCCACAGCAGGCGACAUCUGCUUCUCCAGCUCCAGCCUCGGCGUUGCCGAACGCUACAAAGUCAACGCCAACUCCGAGCGCACCCACGCCAAGCCCAGCACCCGCGACUACGCUUGAAGCUGAGAUACAACGUAGAAUCAGGAACUUCAGGGGCACCAUGGUUGUCGCUCUUAAGAAGAAGACAGAACAGGCGGAAGCUAUCGUGGACUUAGCUAUUAACCGAGCCCAAGGUUUACCGAAUACUGGACCGAUUCCAGGCUGGGAAGAGGCAGACAGAUUAAUGGUCAAGUCUGUUACGCAAAUAAUUGCGGACGCACGCAGGGCGCAUAACCUCCAGGUACAGCCUCCACCUUCGAGCACAACUCAACUUCCACAACAGACUCCACGACAAGCUCCAUCCGCAUCACCGGCUCCAACCCAACCCCCUACUCCUACAACCGGAACAAGUCAAACUGGUCAAGCAACAACACCAAGUGUGAAUUCACAAACCGGUUCGGCAACUAAUGCAAGGUCAGCAUCAUCAGUUCCUCGACCCGGUGUCUCAAUCCAACGUCCGACUCCAAUGGGUAUCUCGCGUCCAGGGGUAAAUUCUAUUUCUCGGCCUUCUAUUAUACGGAAGGAGUCAAUAACUACAACAAGUUUACCGAGUCCGAGUGCACCAGCAGCGCCAAUGCAUAAUGUUUCAAGUCCGGCGCCGCCUAGCGCAGGUGUCGUCGACCAAAUAGCAGGGCAGAAGCGACCACACGAUGAUUCGUUCAAUCACAGCCAAGGAGCUACGGAUAGACCGGAGCCGGUUAAACCCCCCACACCUAACAUGUCCACUCCAGCACCACCCAGUGCAGGUGUCGUUGAUCAAAUCGGGCAGAAGGGAAUGCGGGAGGAUAGAUCUGUCAGUAGCAAUGGGGCCACUGGACAACCAGAGCUACCUACCAAGGUCGCUACGCCUGCACCCGCACCCGCGUCUGCACCACCUGCGCCAACACCUAUAUCCGCACCUGCGCCAGUACCCGAUAUAUGCAGUCCUGCACCACCCAGUGCAGGUGUAGUUGACCAAAUUGCCGGUCAAAAGAGGAAUUUGGACGAAGGGCCUGGAAACGCGAGUUCAGAACAGCCAGAUGCUAAGAAACCUGCGCUCGCAUCAGCCUCGACCUGA